CCCGCCGCGGGCAGCCAACCCCUCCCGGCCGAGGGAGCCGACACCAAGACCUAUCUGUGGGCCAGGUACCACGAGAUGAAGAAGCUGGUCUACGAUCUCCUUCCACCAGGAGUCUGCAACCUCCUCAACCCGGCAGCCAUCUACGCAAACAAUGAGAUCAGCCUGGGAGAUGUUGAGAUAUAUGGCUUUGACUACGAUUACACAUUAGCACAAUACUCUAAUUUACUACACUCUAUGAUAUUCAAUACUGCCAGAGACAUCCUAAUAGAACAAUUCAAGUAUCCAGAAGGGCUUGCGAAGUAUGACUACAUUCCAGGGUUUGCCAUACGUGGACUUCACUAUGAUGUACAAAAGAGUCUUCUCAUGAAGAUCGAUGCUUUCCAUUAUGUCCAGCUGGGGACGGCAUAUAGAGGGCUUAAACCAGUGCCUGAUGAAGAGGUAAUCGAACUCUAUGGUGGUACGCAGCACAUCCCCCUGUACCAGAUGAGUGACUUCUAUGGCAAGGGUCCAUCACUUAAGCAGUUUAUGGACAUUUUUUCUCUUCCUGAAAUGACACUGCUCUCUUCAGUCAUUGAUUACUUCAUAACUCAUGGUAUUGAGUUUGACCAGGUGCACCUUUACAAGGAUAUAUCUGAUGCUAUUAGAGAUGUACAUGUGAAAGGAGUGAUGUACAAAUGGAUUGAAAAAGAUAUGGAACAGUAUAUUCUGCACGGGGAUGAAAUCUAUGCUGUGCUAAACCGACUGGUGAACCACAAGAAGAAACUCUUCCUCAUUACAAACAGUCCCUUUAGCUUUGUGGACAAAGGAAUGAAACACAUGGUUGGCAAGAACUGGCGGGACUUAUUUGACAUGGUCAUUGUGCAAGCUGACAAGCCCAACUUCUUCACUGAUCGGCGGAAACCUUUUAGAAAACUGGAUGAUAAUGGCUCACUGCAGUGGGACAAAAUAAACCAGCUGGAGAAAGGAAAGAUCUACAAAGAGGGUAACCUCUUUGACUUUCUGAGGCUGACAGGCUGGCGUGGGUCCAAAGUGCUCUACUUUGGUGACCAUCUGUACAGCGACCUGGCAGACCUCAUGCUGCGUCACGGCUGGAGGACUGGAGCCAUCGUUCCUGAACUGGAGACAGAGAUUCGGAUCAUAAACACAGAGCAGUACAUGCACUCCCUGACCUGGCAGCAGGCUCUGACAGGGCUGCUAGAGAGAAUGCAGAUGUAUCAGGAUGCGGAGUCAAAGCAAGUGUUGCUAGAGUGGAUGAAGGAACGUCAGGAGAUCAGGUCACUGACAAAGAACCUGUUCAACCCCCAGUUUGGAAGCAUCUUCCGCACGUUCCACAACCCCACGUACUUCUCUCGGCGGCUGGUGCGGUUCUCUGACAUCUACAUGGCCUCCAUCAUUGUGAAUUUCACCUUCUACCCCCGGCGCACCCCUCUGCAGCACGAGGCUCCACUCUGGAUGGAUCAGCUCUGCACAGGCUGCAUGAAAACCCCCUUCCUGGAGGAGAUGGUGCAUAUCCGGUGAGGGGACAGGUACUCGGGGCAGCAGCACAGCACGCAGCUGUACGUGGAGCCAGGAGCUCGGCCAGCAGCACCUCUGUCUACCACUAAAGGGCGUUUGACACUU